CCAUCUCUUCCCAUAUCCACCAGCAUCAGCAUGCUCCAGCAUGCGUCUAGACUUUACGUCUUGGCGACGUUUGACUUGAGAACAAACGCACGCAGUUGCAUUUAAAUACAUCGCCUCGCCGGUAGAUUUCUCGAAUGAACUGAGAGCAGUAAACAUUGACGUCUCUUGAAUUAAUAUAUUGGCAACACCUACGCCAAAACAGGAAAAUGGCUGUGAACGUUUACUCAACCUCAGUUUGCAGUGACAACUUGAGUCGUCAUGACAUGCUUGCCUGGAUCAACGAAUCAUUACAGAUCAACCUUACUAAGAUAGAGCUGUUAUGUUCAGGUGCGGCCUACUGCCAGUUCAUGGACAUGCUCUUCCCCGGCUGUGUGCCUUUGAAGAAAGUCAAAUUUGCUGCAAAACUAGAGCACGAAUUCAUUCACAACUAUAAGAUCUUGCAAGCUGGCUUCAAAAGAAUGAGUGUCGAAAAAAUCAUCCCUGUUGACAAGUUGAUAAAAAGCAAGUUCCAGGACAACUUUGAGUUUGUGCAGUGGUUCAAGAAGUUCUUUGAUGCCAAUUAUGAUGGGAAAGAGUACGACCCUGUGGAGGCUCGCCAGGGCCAAGACUCCAUGCCCAACCCCGCCAUGUCGGCCCUCAACAAGCCCAAGAAAAUCCUCAACGCUGCAUCCCAGCGAGCAGCAGUUGCCAAGGUAGCACCCAAAAUGGCGCCUAGCUUGGCGCGGAGACCAGGGGCUGGCGGAGGUGACGAGGAGCGGGCAGAACUCAUUCAGGAGGUAAAUAUACUGAAGUCCACCAUCCAGGACAUGGAGAAGGAGAGGGACUUUUAUUUCGGCAAACUGAGGAACAUUGAGCUCAUCUGCCAAGAAAAGGAAGGAGAGGGUGAUCCCACACUGCAGAGGAUCGUGGAUAUACUCUACGCCACAGAUGAGGGCUUUGUUAUACCGGACGCUGAGUCAGAGGACCAGGAGGAAUUCUAACGUUCAAGACUGGAUCAUGCAGCUUUUAAUACAAACCCUCAACCCACCAAACCCCUUCAAUCAGCUACAACAUCUCUAUCCUCUCCCUACAUACAACACCCACUCCAAAAAAUGUAUCAUGUUAUGCGUUUGUGAUCUCUGAGUGGACUGUAUAUCAAAUGUUUGUUUUCUGUAAAAUCAAGUUGAAAUAAGUGUGUGUGUGAAGUACCUCUUUUGAAAGCCCUUCUCUGGGUCCCAUCCCAUUGGCCCUUAUCAGCAUCAUGUUGUUAGAAGGCAGCCAUUUGGGUCCAGAAGAGUGAACUGUCUGUAAGAUGUCACUUUUUUUUUAUUUGCUUGUCUUUCCCCUCAAUUUCUGUGUCUGUUCCAGGAAUUGGCGUUACAAGUUCAUUGGAACCUGCACUCACUUUUGUACAUAGUAUUUUUCUUAUUUUACCUGUUUUCUAAAUUAUCACUGUCUUUGCCACGUGUAGCAAUUGUUUUCUGGGUCUGAGCAAAUUCACUUUGUUAAUGUAGUGAUCGUGGGACAUUUUUGCUUUACUAACCAACUGUUCAUAUCUCUCAAACCUAGUUGAGUUAUCUACUUUCAUUUGGUCUCCUCCUGUUUGGAGAUACACUUUUUUAAAUUCUUUUUUUAAACGGUGCAAUCCUUUUUAUUCUAGGAAAGUGGCACUUUUUUUCUCUCAAAGAUUCAGGUCAACGUCUCUUAGUGUGGCUGCAAUUCUCGGGACAGCUCAUAACAACCUGACGAUAUUUAUGAAGAAACAUGUUAAACUACAAGCUUAUGGUGGAAUAUUUUGUGCAUGUUUGUCUCUUGGAUGUUGGAAGACAUGUGCACUGUGGAUGCUAGAAACUCUCUGGUCCCAAGCAUAUCCCAAAUUACCCACAGUUUUUUUUGGGGGGGGGGGGGUAAUUUCUCUUGUCUAAAAUUGUUCAGUUGGCAGGGGAUGGAGUGUUAACUUGAUUUAGCACCUCUAGUCUCUGCAUCUUCUUAGGGAAUGCAAAAGGUGGCUGAUGUUUUUCUAAGUUCAUUUAUUUUUUUUAACUCCUGUCUUGCAUUUGAAUCUGUUUUGAUUAUGUAGCCACUGCACCAUUGACAGGUUCUAGGCCCAAAAUGCUGAUGCACAAAUAGAACUGCCAGUCUCUGCACUGGAAAAUCAGAGAUUUUAUUUUUAUGAAUUACAAACAUUUGCCAAAAAGAGAGCACAAAGUCACAUAUGUAGGUUAUGAAAGGUAUUUAAUAAUAAAUACCUUUGCCUUAUUCUUAUACCUUUCAUAACCUACAUAUGUGACUUUGUGCUCUCUUUUUUGGCAAAUGUUUGUAAUUCAAUUUAAAGAAUUGUCAUUUCAGAUCUUGUUUUAUUUCUGCUGCUCAGAAUGGACGUCUAGAGAAUCUGGCAAAUAAUAAAAUGCUCUGACAGGCUGAAAUGACCUAUCUGAUUAAUUAGAAGUACAUAACUCACAAGUCCAAAGUCUUGCCUCCUUACAAGGCCUGUUAAAUAAUGUAUAAUAAAUUGAACAGUAAUGCCACAAUGUGAUCUAUAGCAUCCUUUGGUUGUGCUGAUAGCUGGGCAUCAGCUUUGCAUGUAGUUUUUUUAUGAAGGGGAUUUUCUGAUGCUGAAUAUGUAAUGAAUUUGCUUGAAGCCCACGUGGGAGCUGCACAUAGAUUUGACCAUUGUAGUGUACUUUAGUUUUCUGGCACUAAAAUGGGACCUUUCUAGGUAAUGAAGGAAGUUUGAAUGUUGUGCAUUUCGGAACGUUUUUGCAUGGUGAUGCCUGGCUGUAAUAUUUUUUUUUUUUCAAUGACGUUUUGGUCCUCGUUACGUUCUUCAGGACCACAACCCUAAUUUAAUUUGUCUACUUUUUGGGAUUACCAUGUCCAAAACAGUGUUUCAAAAUGUAUUGGGAUAUGAAUGUGUAUGUUUUAACACACACAAAUAAUCAUGACUGUUAACCUUGAGUCAAGAAAUGUUGUUUUGAGUGAUCGUUUAAAAUCAUAAUUGUCUUUGAACUUGGCUUGUUUGAUGACUAAACUAUACUGGUGGCAGAUUUUUGUGGGUAUUUGGGUCUUAAACACUGGUCAUGUUCCAGCAGUCUACAACCAAUGGUUGUGUGCAACGUCAUCGACUGUGCAGUCUAUCAGUUUGCUAUAUAUGUGGUUUGCAGAUAUUAAACACUUAUCCAGGAGUUGAGAUUUGGCAGACAUCUAUAAUGUAGUCAGUCUGGAAGGUGGAAAUUGAUUUGUUGAGGUGCAUUUUAUAUACAAGGCAGAACCCCGCAAUGGCCUGUUUCAAUCUAACCUGGUGCCAAUCUUGACCUU